AUGACGUCACACAGCUCCUCUAACAGGAAGUGGGCGGCGGCUCAAAGGGCUCUCCAAGACCUCCUCCAGGACGAGUACCCCGCCGGUCCUCCUGGUCCUCCUGGUCCUCCUGGUCCUCAUGUGGACCGGCUGCAAGUGUCCCAGGACCAGGCCGUCCUGUACCUGAAGUACCUGCAGGUGUUCCGCGGUCUGGAGGAGGUCUACGAGCAGCUGGUUCAGCCCCAGAGGAGGCGGGCGGUCCGGAUGGUUCUGGACCGGCUGACGGGUCGACUGCUGGAGCUCAAGUCUCAGAUGGUGGAUCUGGAUCUCUCCGAGUUCCACUACUUUGAUGACCUGCUGCUGGACCUGAAGAUGACCCCGAAGGACCUGGAGGUCCCGGUUCCUCGUUACUUCCUGAGAGAGAAGAUUCAGCUUCAGACGAAGUUCUCCAAGUUUCUGGAAACACAACGAACCAACCGGAUGGUGAGUCGGGUCCAGGUGAGUCUGGAGGAGGCGGUCCGUCUCCUGCAGGUGUCUGAGCGCGCUCGGCAGGGACGAAUCAGAGCCCAGUUCAUGAAGGAGCUCGUCCAAUCAGAGAGAGGCGUCGGCAGACACACCUGGAAACCCACAAACCUGACCCGGGACCAGGCCGCGGUCCGGAUCCAGAAGGUUUGGAGAGGUCUCAGUCAGAGGAACCGAACCAACACACUGAGAACCGAGGAGAUGGUGUUCCUGGGAAUGAUCCCAGCGGGGCCUCCUGGUCCUGGUUCAGCCCAGCUCCGGGCCCGGCGUGUGUCAGCGGGUCGGAGGCUGAUCCAGGAUCAGAACGAGGAGGAGUACCGGAGAGCCCAGCUGAGUGUGAAGCAGUCGGUUCUUGCCGUGGAGGGAACCGACAUCAGGGAGACCCUGCAGGAGCAGAUCCGCCAGUGGUUCAUCGAGUGCAGAGACGCUACCGGGAAGUUUCCAGAGUUUCCUGACGGUGAAGACGGAGGAUCAGCUUCAAUAUUCACCCACAAAACACCUGAGCAGGUCUCCACUGAGCUGACAGCGAGAGAGGAGGAGAAAGAGAAGAAGAAGAAGAAGAAGAAAGAAGAACAGCGAGGAGGACCAGAGAAGAAGAAGGAGACGACGGGAAAAAGGAAGAAGAAGAAGAAGAAGAAAGAGGAGACGAAGGAAGUGGACCGUUGGGUGGAUCCUCACUGUCUCCUCGCUGACGUCGGAGAAGGAGACCGAAUCUUCUCAGAUGUGUGGCGUUGCCGUGACGACAGUCUCCAGCUGCUCAGAGAGGAGAAGAGACGGGAAGUGGAACAGGAAGUCCGACUUCAGGUGGACGAGCUGAUGAGGGCGGAGCUGGAAAACCUCAGACUGGUUGUGGACAAAACAAAGAAGAAGAAGAACAAGAAAGGAAACAGAAAGAAGAAGAAGAAGACCAAGAAGAAGAAGAGAGACAAGGACCUGACAGCAGACAGGUCGUUACAGUCUCUGUGUGAGGAGUUGAUUCUGGAGGGUUUCCUCAUCCAACCAAUGGACAUCAAGCUCUCUGACUACAUCGGUGAGUGCAGUUACUUGGCCUCCACUCUCAGACAGGUGAACAUUGAACCGAUGCCGUCUCUGUCUGAUGUCAGGCAGCUCAUCACUCUGUACACCGUCCUGCCUCUGGGAUGCCCGGCGGUCCUGGAGAAGUUCCCGGUGUUGAAGACUCUGCUGCUGGCCGGUCCGUCCGGAGUCGGGAAGAAGAUGUUGGUUCACGCCGUCUGCAGUGAGACCGGAGCUCACCUGUUCCACCUAAGCCCCGCCCACCUGAGCACCAGGUACCCCGGCAGAGGAGGAGCCGCCUACCUGCUGCACCUGGUCUUCAAGGUAGCAGGUGAGCUGCAGCCGUCUGUGAUCUGGAUCGAAGACGCAGAGAAAACGUUCUACAAGAAAACUCCAAAAUGUGACAGAGAGUUGGAUCCUCGGAGGUUCAAGAAAGACCUUCUGAAGUCUCUGAAGACUCUGAAACCGGAGGGUCGAGUUCUGGUGAUCGGGACGACUCGCCGACCGUUUGAUGCCGACAUCAAACCGUUCUGUAAAGUCUUCAAGAAGAUCAUCCUGGUCCCAAGACCGGACUACUCAUCCAGACUAGUCCUGUGGAGGGAGCUGCUGCGUGCUGAGGGGGCGGAGCCUGGUCCGGGUCUGGACCUCAGCUCAUUGGCUAAGGUCACCGACGGCUUCACCCCGGGUCACAUCCUGCAGUCGGUGCGCUCGGUGCUCCGCCCCUCCAGGCUGAAUAAGCUCCGCCUCCAACGGCUGACCGGUGCCGAGUUCAUCCAAUCACUGUCGAGGAUGGAGCCGGUGUACAGGGAGGAGGAGGAGGCCUUCAAGGUUUGGUUCAGUCAGACGCCGCUGGGCCGGAGGAAAGCACGCGCCGCCAAAACCAACGAAGAAGAAGCAGGAGGAGGAGAGAAGAAGAAGAAGAAGAAGAAGAAGAGCAAAGAGGACAAAAACAAGAAGAAGAAGAAGAAGAGAAAGUGACUGUUUCUUUAUUUCCAUCCAGUUUAAGACUUAAAUGAUCAUGAAGGUUAAAGGUCGUCUCCAGCACCAC